GACCAUGGCGGCGAACGUAUCUGAUUGUGGCUGGCUGGCAUCAACACACCCAAGGUGCUCGCUCGCUGGGUCUCGUCGCAUCUCCAUCGACGGAGAUGACGAUUAUGCACAUGCAUCUGAAGACCCUCUCCAAGAUGGCUCCGUGGCCACCGACACAAUCUCCUGACACAACUUACCACAGCCCCUGAUAUUUUCUACUUAAUGGAAGAUUGUGAAAGUAGAGACUUGGAGCAAGUCUAACCAAUCACCCGCCUUUCCUUAACCGGAAGCAGCAAGCUCCAAUCACAGGCGAGAUCACAAGGGGCCUUGUUUACCUCUAUCAGCUGGCCAUGGCGGGCACGGCACGUUACUUGUGGCUGGCAUCACUACUCCAACAUUCUGUCUCGUGGCAUCUCCAUCGCUGGUCAGGGACAGUUACCCGGACCAACAUGUCUGUGCCGUCACCGACACAACCUCUCCACACAACCUCCUGACACAACCUCCUGACACAACCUCUCCACACAGCCUCCUGACACAACCUCCUGACACAGCCUCCUGACACAACCUCCUGACACAACCUCCUGACACAACCUCCUGACACAUCCUCCUGACACAACCUCCUGACACAGCCUCCUGACACAGCCUCCUGACUCAGCCUCCUGACACAACCUCCUGACACAGCCUCCUGAUAUUCACUUCUAGAUGGAAGAUUGUUUAAGCUAUUCAACAAAUAUUAAAAUGGCAGAUACUCUCAAAUUUGGCCCUGAAUGGCUCCGACAGCUGUCUGGCGGGAACAGUGUUGCAUCUCCCCCGCCCACACCUGGGUUAGGGGGCAAAUUCAAGCUAGCAGAAUACAGAUAUGGGCGGGAGGAGAUGCUAGCCCUCUUUCACAGUAAUUACAAAGCCCCUGAAGACCUUGUCAACUUCCCGCCAGUCUACGUUGAAGAGGCGCAGAAACCACUAGCUCUAAUUUCUCUAACUGAGGAAGAACAGAGGUUGAUGUCUCAGUCUGUGAACAGUACAACAGUGCUCCGGUCCAUGGGUCGAGGGGGGCAGCCAGUCCGAGGGGGCAGAGGGGGUGGAGACCGGGGGAGAGGCAGAGAUGGCACUUUUUCAGGGCGGGGACGAGGCGAUGGUUUCCCUCCAAGAACUCAGCCCUUUGACCAAGCAGAGAACGGCGGUGGUUUUGGGAGAUCGCGGGGUCAGAACAAAGAUGGAUGGGAAGAAGUUGGUAAAAAGUAUGACCGAAGCUUCUCCACCCGUACUAUUGAGGACGUCCAAGCAGGGGGGCGACACCCUCAGUUCUCUCGAUCGCUGAGCAGUGAUAAUUGGCGAGAGAAAGAAGAGACACAUGAAGAUGAUGCAGGAGACUGGCGAAGGGCAGGGCCACAGAAAGAAAGAUGGAGCACACGGACCAACUGGAGAGAACCUAUUGGUCGAGGUGGAUUUGAUGGUGAGCGGAGACAAAAUGGUCCCAAUAAAGACCGAACACUUUCGGAUGCCGAUGUUAAGCACCAGCUGUACAGACGCAGUAGGAGUAGUGAAUCAUGGGACACGGAUGAUUUGCCUGAAUGGAGUGUUCCUGGUGAUGAUGAUAUGGAAGAGCUGGGAACGUUCGAUGCCAGUGGGGCAUUUGUUACUUCUCAUCCGAAGGGCUUUAGAAAUGGAGAGAGUCCGCACUCUGAUGUACAGAACACCAAUCAGUCACCGUCACAGCCUAACACAGACUUGCCUCCUCAGGGCAAGGAACCACCUCGAGAACAGAGAAGGGAUAAGAAGAAUCAGCGCUCAACAAGUGCUCCCGAGGUCAAACAAGAAAGUGCUAGUAACCAUGGCAACAGCCAGUCUCAGUCUCCACAGCCUGCUGUCAAAUCCAAUCAGGAACCUAAGAGAAUAGAUCCCUCAAAAUCUGUGCAGUUUGGGGAUGUGUCACAAAGUCUUAAUGACUCAAACAGUGCUCCAGUUGAACAGACAUUAAACACUAUGAGUGUGAACCAAGUGAGUGUACCUGUCAAGAAAGUUAAGGGUGGCCUGCCAACAGCGGACAGUGAUCCCUUGGAUAGAUUAAAGGAGGCCGCUGAGAACAUGGUAGCCGAAAUGACAGCUGAGGAUGAAGAGAACAGGUUACAGAGAGGUCCCAUGGACCCUCGGACUCAAGGUGUCCCUCUAAGUCAUGAAGAGUCCCUCAAGUGGUUUUACAGGGAUCCCCAAGGAGAUGUCCAAGGUCCUUUUAACCCAGAGGAGAUGGCCCAGUGGUUCAGUGCUGGUUACUUUACAAUGAGUCUUCUGGUUAAAAGGGGAUGUGAUGAACGAUUCCAGCAGCUAGGAGAGCUGAUCAAGAGAUGGGGCCGAGUUCCAUUCCUAGCUGGCCCAACACCACCUCCAUUACUGAACAUCCCAGUAACAGCUGCCAAUACUGAAGCCCCCGUAAAACAGACCCCACCCACACAGCAGCCAACGCCCACUCCUCCACCCCCUCAGGACCUGCUUGGAAUCAUACCUCAACAGUUUCUCCUUCAACAGCUCAUGCAACAACAGAUGCUCAUGAGACAGAUGCAGGUCCAGAUGAUGACACAGAUGCAAGAACAGGAUUCAUUCAAGAACAUGUCUCCACCACAGCAGCAACAGAUGGUGAUGCAGAUGUUGAUGCAGACACAACCUAUGUUUAUGCAGCAACUUCAGCAGCUACAACAACUACAGCAGCAACAACAACAACAGCAACAACAACAACAACAGAACAGGCUGUCCCCACAGCCGCAGACAGCAGAGGGCACCCCUACUACCUCCCACCCAGCAUAUCACAUGCCCCAGCCUGGCCCUGCUGCAGAAGGGGAGGGGCACCCUCCAGGACAAGUUGCUUGGUCUCAGCCCAGCAGUGUGUGGGACCUGGAGACGCCGCCCAGUGACAUGUCACCCAACACUGUGAACCAGCAGCAACUGGAAAAACUGCAAGCUCAACAGAAAGCAGAAGAAAUUCGCCGGAAGCAGGAGGAGGAAGAAGAAAGACGUCGUCAGAUAGAGAUGCAGAGAACUCAGGAAGAGCUGAAGAGACAGCAGGAGGAGAUAGCCAUAGAGAGGGAGAAGAUGAUACGAGAGAAGAAGGAGCUGGAGAGACAGAGACAGGUCGAGCUGAAGCGUAUGGAAGAAAUCCGUCGUCGGGAGGAAGAAGAAAUGAGACGACAAAUGGAGGAAGAACGUAAACGAGAAGAAGAGAGAAUGCGAGAAGAGCAGCGUCGCCGAGAAGAAGAGCUUGUUGUCCAGAGAGAAGAAGAAGCUCGUAGGAAGCAGGAAGAAGAAAGGAAGAGAAUGAUAGAGGAAGAGAGGAGGCGACAAGAGGAGACACACAGACAACAGCUGGAGGAAGAACACAAGAAACAGGAGAUGUUGCGGCAGCAGGAAGUACAGAGACAACAGGAGGAGAUGCAGCAGGAGCAGCAGCGGGAGGAGGAGCGACAGAGAGAGAUGCUCAGACAACAGGAGAUGCAGCGUCAGGAACAACAGAAACUUCAACAAGAGGCACUAAGACGUCUCCAGCAACAACAACAAGAACAGUUGGCUCGAAUGCAGCUUCCUGCCACUGCGCAGUGGGCGAGUCAGCUGCAGCAGAGGGAGGCGAACGAAGGGAAGUCCCUGGCAGAGAUACAGCAGGAGGAGGAGAGACAGAUGCAGGAGAGAGAACGCCAACUUGAGAUUCAGAGGCAGCAAAUGUUUGCCAUCCAACAACAGCAGCAGCAGCAACAACAGCAACAGCAGAAGUCAUGGGGAGCACAAAUGACGGUGAACCAGGCUGCAACGAACACACUGAAGUCACUGCUGGACAUACAGGAGGAACAGAAAGCCAAACAGUUAGACCAAAACAAGAAGAAAGCCAAACAAGUUCAGCCCACUCCGCCCAAGAAUACAGCUGCCACCAUGGCUACACCUAGCAUGUGGAGCAACGUGGCCAGCAAUGGUGCUCAGUCCACGGGGUGGGGGGGGAACGCUGUGUGGAAGACGGACAAGUCAGGGGGGGGCCUGGGGUUCUGGGAUGAGGCUGUGAUAUCUUCAGGAAGGGCAGCAACCAAAGAGAAAGAAAGUGGUGAGUUUCCUGCGUUAGGGGGCAAGAAACGAAACCAACAAAACAAUAAUGCAACGACUAAUGCAUCUGCAGCUGCAGCGGCAGCAGCAGCAGCUGCCGCGGCUACUGCAAACCGCAACAGACAGACAAAACCAAAGAAAGAGGAGGAUGCUGUGCACAAGAUGUUUCAGUUAGCAAGGCCUGUUGACGAUUUCACUCAGUGGUGUGAGAAGGCACUCGCAGGACUCGCAUCAUCAGUGGAUGUUCCAACAUUCAUUGCCUUCCUGCAAGAGGUUGAUUCUCCAUAUGAGGUCCAUGAUUAUGUGAGGUCGUACCUUGGUGAGUCUGGUGCUGCAAAGGAGUUUGGUCGGCAGUUCCUGGAGAAACGGAGCCAGUAUAAGCAGAAGGCCAGACUAGAGAGACAACAGGAGGAGGACAGUAUUUGGGGCCCAGCACCUGCAGUCAACCCGAAGGAGGUCCGGUCCAGCAACAACAAUGAUGCUGAGUCGGCAGCCCGCAACAAGAACAAGAAGAAGAAGGGCAAGAUGCAGAAGAUUGACAAGAGCAUCCUUGGCUUCACGGUCCAUGCUGACCCCACACGGGUCAACGCUGGCGAGAUCGAGAAUGUGGACUGAACAUUGGUGCUAUGAAAUGUGGUCUUUCCUUUACUUUCUGUUGCCGAGAUUGUUGCAAUGUUGGACCUGCUGUUUGCAAAGCUGGACACAGCCCAGUCAAGAUUUGAGAUGAUAUCCUCAUUGCUUGUUACUUGCAAAAUUGUCCUCCAGAUUUCAGUCUUGGCACAGAUAUUGAACGAGAAUGGUGACUAACUGGUGUGCUAGUAUAUAGUGGAUUGAUUCAGAUGACGCCAACUCCAAUGCUGGUGCCUCAACAACUGAUUGGCUGAUGUGACUGUUCAGCAACAGACUUCUGUACCCCAUUGAAAGUAGAUCGGGUGGACACCACUGACUAUCUGCCUGUUGGUGAUGGAAUAUGCUUGGUGAAGGAUGGACCCGGUCAGGAUUCCUCCAACGCUGUGAUCGGGUCGUCCCAGCCAACACAUAGUCCAAACCUGAAGCAAAUAUCUGUGAUACUAAAUACUAUUUUCCAUCGUCAGAGGGUGCUGCACAACAGGGAAAGUAACAAAGAGGAAAGAAAUCUGAAGAAAGUCGAUAGUUGAAAACGACGUUGGUGCGUCAUGGACCGCUUCUGCUGCUUGGUGAGAUGCAACAUGACAGCGAUGAUGCAACUCGAGGCCUCUCUUUGCCAUGUGUCCUGGAGGCGGCCAGUGUCCCAUGUCAAUACAUUCUUUCUUCAAUCUAAUAUUGAGAAGGUGCUUGUGCCUUUGUUAUUUUAAUUGCGUGUUGGUUUCUUUAGUGAAAAUAUUGUUCCAGAGAAAACAAGUACUUAAGCACGAUGAAUUUUAACUGAAUUUGUCAGGGAUCACAAUGUUAAGUCUUUAUGAAGCCCAGGAUAACCUGAAUAGUUUCUGCAUUUCUUAACAUACUUUUAUUGUUAUCGCAUAAUUAUCCAAACCGGAUACAUGGCUUUUAUACAGGUUCUCUGCUUCACAUAAGUUGACCGAAGAGAGAUUUGUUGUUUUUUAAUUAUUAUGUAGUUACCAGUAAAACACAAUUUAAACUUUAGGCUUUGCUAUUCAGAGAGAGUAUUCUCUGUUCCAUCAAGCUGCUAUCAUAGCAAUAACCUGACUUAAUUCAAUCCAACAUAUUGCACCGAAUUUAACGAUCUAGAUAUUUAUGUAACGAUGUUAUACUUGAAUGAAUUUGGGUGUUACGUGAAUGAAAUCCCAUCGGUAAUAGCUUAACGCAGUCGCUGAAAUAUGAAGACAAGAAUUCUGCUGUGUCUCCAGACACGACACAUUUGACUCAGACAAAAUAUACAGCAAAACAAACAGACUCGGAAUGUGUUGUUUGGUUUGUGAUGUCAAGAAUAUCGAGAGUUCAGACUUUCAUGGAUGAUAAUGUCGGUAAUGGAUUUAUUGAAGGCAGUGUGUGUCCAUUUACAUAGAACUGCCUACAGGGUAUCUAUUUAAAUGGAUUCUUACUGUCUUUUGGCCAAUAUCUCAUCUCACAAACAUCUUAAUAGAAUCAGCAUUCAACAGAUAAAGUAGUCCACUCAGGAUGUUGCCAAAUGUACAUCAUUGUAGCAGCUCAUAUAUUAAUUCACUUUGAGCGGAAAUUACAUUUUCAAAAUGUUUAUUAGAAGACUCCGUCAUAUCUUAAAUAUUAUGUUAUUGAUUAAUUCUUAAUGGUGUCAUUCUACCAGCUUGUUAGUACCUUGAGCCAGUUCCUGGGCUGCUGUGUGUGUCAACACACCUUCCAUGAAGAUUCCACCUCACCCAGUAGCUAGGAGCAGAAUCUCUGCUGUCACAACACUCCUAUCUCCAACAAAGAUGUUUCCAAUUAAACUAUGCAUAAUGUACAGCAUCUCUUGCCUGAAUGAUGUCAGGAUUGUAUUGUUGGAGUUCAAUGACAUACACAGUAUACAUGUCAUGUUAUCAGCCAUUGAUACAGCAAGGGUUAAAAAAUGUGCUUCCGGUCUUAUGUAACAUUGCAAUAUUUAUUUUUAAAAUAUACACCUUGAAAAAAGUUAAUCACCAGCCAGUCUUUCUUGUCCUAUAUUCCGAACUUAAGUGCAUCUGUUGCCAUGGAAUAGCUACAAAGUGCAUAACAUAAUCAGUUUUACUUUUGCUAAUAUGAGGAUUUAACUUUGGAAAUUUAUUACAGGGUCUGAUAUACAGACAUGGCUGUUUCAUGUUGAAAUAUAUAUAGUACUCAAAAGAAGUUAAGGAACACCUGAUUGUUUUAUAUGACUAUGGUUAAUGUGUCAUGGCUAUGACAUGAGCUAUAAUCAUUUGAAAACAUUGGAUUUUCUUUAACUCUUUUUUAGUAGGAGUAUAGUAAGCAGUGCUUAACUUUUUUUCAGGUGUAUAUGUAACUAGUCGAGUUACUUUUCUAUUUUGGAAUGUCUGAACAGUGGCCGUCACAUUACGAUGGAUACUUUUGAUAUAGUUGGCUCUAGGAAGAUAAAGAACACCUAACCAGUAUUCCUGAAUACUAGCAUCUAUGAUCUGUAAUACAUGAUACUGUAAGCAUGUUGAACAAGGAUUAAUAUCAGAAAAAAUACUGAAUCGAUGUGACACUAUUUUGGCUUAUCUCUGAUUGUUCUCAUGGGUCAAUUGCAGAGCGUAAAUAUUUUUUAACCCUUGCUGUGUUGAUGCCUUCUGUCACACAUUGUGAUUUAUAUUUGCUAAAAGCUAGGUCUGUUUCACUGAAGUCUAAAUUAAAUUGGUUUUAGCUGUACUGCUUAGAAGUGCAUAAUAUGGGUAAGAUAACAGCUUUUGACUAUGAUACGACAGGCGUAACUGAAUCUAUGUCCUUUGAACAAUCAGGAUUCCGGUAACAAGUUCUGCAUAUUUAGAGUCAUGUUUUCAGUGUGCAGUUUUGUUUCGUCACGAUAUGGCUGAAAUAUUGCCGAUGUGACGUUAAACUUUAACUCACUCACUCACUCACUCAGUCUGCAGUUGAGAUGCAGAUGGAGAGAAGCUUUAAGCAAAACGAUAGACAUGCACUCUUACCUAUGUAGGAACUGUCCCCACUCAGGAGGACCCCCCAGCUUGUUGCUGGGAGCAACUUGUAUCAGGCUGCCACAAGGUCCCCCAGCUUGUUGCUAGGAGCAACUUGUAUCAGGCUGCCACAAGGUCCCCCAGCUUGUUGCUAGGAGCAACUUGUAUCGGGCUGCCACAAGGUCCCCCAGCUUGUUGCUAAGAGCAACUUGUAUCAGGCUGCCACAAUGUCCAAGUAUGGAUACUUCCUAGUUUGAUUGCCUGUUUAUGUCAGUCUCAUGGCUUGACAAGCGACUUCCUGCUGUGAUGGAACUGUUAUUUUGUUGAUUCAUUGUAAUCCUAAUUCAUUGAAAAUACUACUUGUACUCUACUGCAGAAAUGUCUAUUGUAUGAAACAGACUUGAGCACGUUUCGGUUCACCAAUACCAUGUCAAGUAUAAAUGUCAGAUUACAUAAGUGUGAACAUGUUGAUACAUACUUUCAGGUUGAAUGCUCCAAGAUGUUCAUUUACAUCCUUUAUCAUUACUUUGUGAGUCAAUUUUUCUGAAUUUCAAAAUUGCUAAUCACCUAUUUCUUUCCUAUGUACAUCUGUUUCUUUUCAUUAAUGUCUUAAGAUGGUGUUGCUCAUUAAAUGUAGGUCUGAAAAGCCUGCAGUAAUUUUGAAUUACAGCUGUAAUCUAUAUCAUUUUCAUUCUCUCAAAGUUAGGUAACUUUUGUUAUCUGUGUAAAAAAGGUUUUGAUGCCCAACAUGAACAAUCCAACGUUAGUAGCAGCAUUAUGCAAAAUCGGCUCCAGUUACUUCCCCUGUUUUGCCAGUUAUCUCCCUUGCGCCAUGCUGAGCUUUGUCUGUUUUGAUCAGUCAGACACGUGUCCUAGACAGUGAGUAUGGGUUGUCUCCUAUUUAUGAUGUUUGUGUUGAACCAGUCUUUCUGAUGGAGUACCAAUGCCUUGGAUUAUAGAAUACUUCCUGCCUUUGGAAUUGAUCAUAAAAUAGAGAAUUACUUCAUGUUAUCAAAAUAGUAAGCUUUGUUUAUACAUUCAGAUGUCUUGUCUUCAAGUUCGUAAUCUGUUAUAUAUUUGGAUUAAGUUGCCUAUUUAAGAUCUUAACGCAUUACUUAAAAGAUAACUAUUGUUUGAUUUCUGGUUUAAAUUUUGAACUAUUUUUCUAAAGAAGAGGAAGCACCAUGAUUAGGAGCUUUUGUUUUCAGUAUCUUGCCAGUGCUCGCUCGUGUGUUGAUUCAAAGUACGACAUGUCUUACAUUAAGUUGACAACUGAGGUGUGACCGAGAUACAGUUCCAAACAGCAUUAGACCAUCUCUCUCAGUUCCAGUCAAGGAUUUUGCUGGGGAAGAGCUGCAUCGAGGUGUUGGUACUUCAUGAAAGAAUUGAGAAAGUGGGACAAACAAAUGAAAGAAGUUACAUUAACUAACUACAGCAAGUAAACAAGUACUUUGACCCAACCCAGAGAUCAGAUGUGGUUUGGUCAGCCAUGCCUGUGUUUGACAAUGUUAUAAAACUGACCACAAUUCUAUAUUUGUAUGGAUGUCAUCUAUUUUAGAUUAUUUUGUCCGAAUGUGACAGUUUGCAGUUUGCUGUUGAUAUUCUGAACUUUGCAUGUGCGUGUGUGAGUUAGUGAGGAUGUGGAAGAACGAGAGGCUCAUGGAUGCAUGUUAAUAGAGAGGGUGGUGUAUUGUCUGAAUUAUUGAAUGUGUUGCCAUGAUGAUUGAGCAAUAAAGUGCCAAUUUUUCAAAUGA